GGAAGGGUUUCUGGGUCGGUUGCCGGUCUGGAGGACCGGAAGGCCGCUGCGGUUUCCACACGUGUAGAACUUUUUAUGAACGUGGGCGGGAAGGCAGGCAAGAUGAGAAAAAUGGAGACACAGAGAGCUGCCCAGGUCACACAGUGGUGUACUAUUGUGUCCUGCCAGUGAUGGAGAUAAAGAUGAAUGCCAUAUGUCAUCCAGUACAGAAGUUUUGAAAUUAGUCAGAUCACUUCAAGUUCUGUGCCACAGCAGCAGGAUGGAGUAGUGACGGACACUCCAGGGACACAAAGCCGAAAAUAGUACCUCUUUGACCCUUAGAGAAGUUUUCUCGGAAGGGGUUACUGACUGUAUUGAUAUCUUUAAAGUUGAUUCAUCAAAUAUAAUUGAAAGAUGCCUCUCCAAGGGUCUGGGGCUAAUGGGGUCAAGACAGAUGUAUACCCUACCCUUGUAGGGUCUUGAAUCUUUUGGGGAAGACAGACAUUAAAUUAAAUUAAUAUCAGUAUGAUCUGUAUUAGAAGAGGAGAUCUAAAAUGUGCAAAGGGAACAUAGGAAAACAGGAUUUCAGCUAACUUGGGAAACUUACUGUUCAAGGCACAUACAUCAUAAUGCAGAGUUCAUCAGUUCUACCACAAGAUCAAAUGAAGAAAGACCACACUACAGAAGAUGGUGGUGGUUCCCAGUCUAGCAGUGCUGGGGAGAAGCCGCUGGCUCCACACACGUCAGAAUCCCCUGAGAAGACAGCCUGCACAGGUGAAUCAAAUAUCCCAUCUGGAACAAAACAAAGUGGGAAAAGUCUGCAGAAUAAGAGUCAGUUUAGGAGCAUUGCACCAAAGAUUGUGCCCAAAGUCCUAACAUCCAGAAUACUACCCUGUCCUUCACCAUCAAUGUCUGAUCAAGGGAACCUGGCACCCUCCCUUGCCUCCAAGUCCCUGGGCAUGCCCACACAGAACUAUGCCCUGAUGCAGGUGGCUGGCCAGGAGGGGACAUUUUCUCUUGUUGCUUUGCCAAAUGUUGCCUCAGCUCAGCCAGUUCAGAAGCCCAGAAUGUCCCUUCCUGAAAACCUAAAACUGCCCAUUCCUCGAUAUAAACCACCGAGAAGUAACAAGGGACUAAGAAAGAAGCGGGGCAUGAGUGCUUCUGAGGCUAGCUGUCAUAACCCCCCUGAUGAAGUCCAGACAUGUUGUCAGAUGUCCCCUCCCUCACAAGCCCAUCAUGAGCUCCCACGCAAAUCCAGUCCAUUCAAGCAAAUGGUCUCAUUAGACCAAGCACCAGUCAGCAUUGGCUCAGCUCCCCUGACCAGCAUCCAUGGAGAUAUAGACCCUCCUGACACCCUGGCAUCGGGCAUUCCCGAGGAGCCCUCUGCAGCACAGCACCCCUCAAAGAUUCCACAGAAGGCAAGCUGGGCGAGCACAGAAGUCCCUGCUAAACCUGCCGUUGCCACAGAAGAGCACACAGAACAGGGUGGUUCUGCACAAGCCACAGCUGGUCUGUCACCGGCCACUUUGAGCAGUGCAGUUCAGCUGGUCUCUCUUGCCCCUAUGAGUAAACUGGCCAUCUUACCCUGUUCACGACUGAAAACAACUGAGGUGGUCAAGGUUGAACCAGAUGCUGACGUGGCAGAUUGCUCUUCCUCUGGACGUGGGGCAGACCAUGGGAAGUCCUGCCUCACAGGCGUGAGCACAGCCACCAAAGCAGCCAGCAAAAUACCUGCUCCACGGGGCUCAAAGAGCAGCCGUGAAAGCGCCUUUUGUCCUGGCACCAGAGUGGAUCUCAGCCACAAAGCAAAACUCAGUGGUGGCCCUGCAAAGAGAAGAGGAAGAAAACGAAAGGUACCUGAUGAGGUUUUGGCAUUUCAGGGGAAAAGAAGGAAAUGCAUUAUGAAUAUGUGUAAGGAUGGCAAAGAAAGGUCAAAAAACAAUCCCCAAGAAUCCAGAGACCAGAAACCUGGGGCCUUGAGAAAGUAUCGUAGCAUUAUGCCCAAACCUGUCAUUGUCAUGUCUGCAUUGGCUCCCUUGGUCUCUCCUGCCACUGCAGUACAAUCCCAAAUGCCCAGCAACCUGGGGCAGGGGGCUGUGCUACAUAACUCACUGGCUUCUAAAUACCUGGGCUGUAGGCAGAACGACAGCCCUGCUCCUAAACCUGGCUCUGCGUACAGAAACGGAUUCUCUGGCAUUAAGAAGCCUUGGUACAAAUGUCACGUCUGCAACUACCCCUUCCAGUUCAAACAACACCUUCUGGACCACAUGAAUGCACACACCAACAGACGGCCUUACAGUUGUCGGAUUUGCCACAAGGCCUACGUCCAUCCCGGCAGCCUCAGCACACACAUGAAACUUCACCAUGGUGAGAACCGCCCGAAGAAGCUUGUGUGCUGUGAGUUUUGUGCUAAGGUGUUUGGGCACAUCCGGGUCUACUUUGGCCAUCUGAGGGAGGUUCACAGGGUUGUGAUCAGCACGGAGCCCUCCCCCAGUGAGCCGAAGAACAGAGACGCUGCUGCGCAAGGGCCGGACGGCUCACUUGAGAGGGAAAGCAAGUCAAGCCUGGAAGAAGACUUCCUUCUAAACCAUGUCGAAGAAGUCAAGUUACAGAUCAGGUGUGGCCGCUGUCAGAUCACUGCUCAGUCUUUCGCCGAAAUCAAGUUUCAUUUGCUUCAUGUUCAUGGGGAGGAAGUCCAGGGAAGGCUGCGAGAGGUGAUCUUACCAGAUAGCAGGGCCUCCACUCCUGACCAGAAGCAGCGCCCGGGGAAGAGAAAGCAGCCGAAGCCCUGGGGCUCUGCGGAAGACUCACGUGCGCUUCCGAAGCCGAAAAGGCAGCUGUCUGCCCAGCAUCAGACCCAGGUGGAGACGCUCCCCGAAAAUGAAGGUGGCCAACCAGGAGUAAAUGGUCCCCCGGGCUCUGCACAUCCCAGCCCCCACACUGGCCUUCUCUGGUCUCAUUCCGGCUUUAACUGCCUCCUCUGUGCCCAGACUCUGGGGCGGAAGGAAGACCUGCUCCUCCAUUGGAGGCAGUGGCAUAACUGUGAGGACCCCUCCAAACUCUGGGCUAUCUUAAGUGCACCCCCCAGCCAAGUAGCACUGCCACUUCCCAGUGAAGCCAGUAAGUGACACCCUGUAGACCCCUGGGUUAAAGAGAGUUUUCCUAACACCUUUCUAUCACAGCUCUGCAUUUUGUAUUAGUAUUUAAUUAUAUCAUAAGAACCCAGUGCAUCAGCAUCAACCUGAACGCACAGAGAUAAUUUUUGUACAUAGUUAUAUUUUCUUAAAAAAUAAAAUAUGUACCAUGAAUGCAUUUUAUUCUGACUAUAUGUAGUCUCACUCUAAAAGUCCAUGUACUAGAGCUGUGGAAAGGGCUCCGUAUGCAAAAGUACCUGCCAUGCAAGCUAAGAUUCCCCAACACUCACGCAAAAUGAGGACUGUGGCUGUAUGCAGCACAACACAGCCUAGGACUUGCUGACUAGUUCUUUUAGAUGAAUCAGCUGCAGGUUCAGUGUGAGACAGUGGCUCCAAAGUGAGGUGGAAAGUGACUGAGGAAAACACCAGCAUCACCCUCUGACCCGCCACGGGCUGUCACGUGCACCUACACACACACACACACACACACACACACACACAAACAUUCAAAAAAUAAACUGGGUAAACAGCCCCAUGUACUGACUCCUCGAUAUCUUAGGCCUCAUUUCAUAAUAAAUAAAGCACUUUGGAGAUUGAAGUCUACAGAGGACUAUCUCAGAUAUGUUUCUUAGCAAGAAUGUAUAUGUGUUUGCUUGUGCCCUUUUACCCCAAUAUUUUCUGCUUAUAUUAACAGCACAUGUGAACAUUUUCUAGGUGAUAAUUCAUUUCUGUCCCAGCCAAAGUAUCUAUUGAGUUAGAUGUUAAAUGUUGAUAUUUAUUAAAGCCUCAGGUUUAUUUGGAUAUGUUAUGGAACAGCCAUGUUAAUAGUUUUCUUCUACCAUAAUUUAAAAUCUAUGUUUCCAAGACAGAUUUUUUUUAUAUAACUUUGCUAUUUUCUUAAAUGUCCUUGAAGUCCUUGAAGAUUGGUAGUUGGCAAGUCUUACAGCUAUAGUGUUCCAUAUCAAAAUAAUAUAAUUUUUUUUACUACUUCAGUUAAUAAUAAAAUCCACUUUCUUGGUAGAAAGUUAUUUUCAAGAAGUCUUUGGGGCCAGAAAAUUUACAACCUGGAAGGUGAACUAACUGGUGCAGCCCAGAUGUGUCAGAGUCUCCGGCGCCUUCUCUCACUCCCAACAACUUCAGAGGGUUGUCGCCAGCUGAUCAAUUUUAGAUACAACUGUGCCUUUCAAGCCCAGGUUCUCUUUGAAAGUCAAGAGUAAGUGAUUGCCUCUUAAAUUCCUGGGAAAUUACCUUGAAUUACAAAAGUUAACAUUUGAAGUUUCUGGGCAUCUUGGUUGCAAAAUGAUUUCCUUAGAAGUGGGGAGUUUGAGCACCCACCCCCUAAACUCACCACCUUUGGAGGGAACAUUGUGCUUGUGGCUAGCUCUGUUUGCCCAGGCGUGGCCUGACAUUUUCCUGUGUGCUUAAGAAAGUUACCAAACAGAAGAAUUAAAUUCUGAUUGAUAAA